AUGUUAACAGCGAUAGGAUGUAGGAAAUUUUAUAAAAUUUUUCGUCCUUGGACGACUAAUUGUUCGAUUGGAAAUAUAUUUUAUAUACCGAUCUUGGCUGAAACAAUUCAAGGUCCUCUAGAAGAAAUGUUUAAAUUUUCGACGUAUCGAUUUCAACCGCUACCACUUCGCCAUCUUCGAGAUGAGAAGGCGUGGAAGGGCAAGUUCAGUCUCUGGAAUUAUUCUAAGCAUUAUCAAAGCAAAUCAAUAGCAGGGAGUGAACUUAAAUGUCUAUAUCCGUUUAAGGAAUUUGCUACUACCAUAACACAAACUAUUGCGCGUGCUAUCAUUAAUAUUCCUGUGGAAAAAAGGAUGAUGGAG